CGCACUUCCUCUCGCGCGUCGAGUGCGUGCCCCCCUCCCCCAACCGGAAACAAGCCAACCAUGGAGGGUUACUACUGGCUUCAGUUCGGCAUCCUCGCGAUCGCGUGCGCGGGGCUGGAGAUGCAAAAGGCCGGGAACAAAGAGCGCGUCGCGAUGCCGGACACCUUCAUCUCGUUUCGCAACCUGUACCUGUUCGUGUACUCGCUCAUGAUGGCGGGCGACUGGCUGCAAGGCCCGUACGUGUACGCGCUGUACCAGCACUACGGAUACAGCACGGGCGACAUCGGCAAACUCUUCAUCGCGGGCUUCGGGUCGUCCAUGAUCUUCGGCACCGUCGUCGGAUCGAUGGCGGACAAGUACGGACGGAAAAACGCGGCGCUGACGUACUGCGUGACGUACAUCGCGUCGUGCGUCACGAAGCACUGGAGCGAUUACAACGUCCUGAUGCUCGGGAGAUUCUUCGGCGGGAUCGCGACGUCGCUGCUGUUCACGUCGUUCGAGUCUUGGCUCGUCGCGGAGCACUUCAAGCGCGGGUACGAGGCGGAGUGGUUGGACAAGACGUUCGCGAAGGCCAUCUUCCUCGGGAACGGGCUCGUCUCGAUCGUCUCCGGGCUGCUCGCGAACUUCCUCGUGACGGACAUGAACAUGGGCCCGGUCGCGCCGUUCGACGCCGCGGCGUGCUUUCUCGCGAUCGGCGGCGUCGUCAUCCUCUUCACGUGGAGCGAAAACAAGGGCGACGCCAGCGAGAGCACGACGGUGCAGCAGGGCAUGCAGCAAGCGUACGCCGCGAUCGCGUCGGACAAGCGCGUCUUCUACCUCGGCGCGAUGCAGUCCCUGUUCGAGGCGUCGAUGUAUUCGUUCGUUUUCUUGUGGACGCCCGCGCUCGGGCCGAACGGGGAGGACAUCCCGCACGGGAUGAUCUUCGCGACGAUGAUGGUCGCGUGCAUGGUCGGCUCGUCCGUCGCGUCGAGGAUAAUGUCCCGGCCGGACACGAGGCCGGAGAAGUACAUGCAGACCGUGUUCCUCGCGUCCGCGGCGUCCCUGUCGAUUCCCGUGCUGACGCGGUCGUUAGGCAUGGAGAGCGACGGGUACAAGGGCGGACCGAUCACGUUCGAAGGGAAGGUGCAGAUGCUCGGGUUCUUGGUCUUCGAGGCGAUGGUUGGAAUUUUCUGGCCGUCGAUGAUGAAGAUGCGGUCGCAGUACGUCCCGGAGGAGGUUCGGUCGACGGUGAUGAACUUUUUCAGGAUUCCGUUGAACUUGUUCGUGUGCGUCAUCCUGUACAACGUCGCGAUGUUCCCGCUCGCGGCGAUGUUCGCGAUGUGCACGCUGUUCUUGUUGAUCGCCGCGGCGCUUCAGAAGAAGCUCGAACAACUCACGGAAGGGCCGGUGUACAAGAAAGCGGCGGGGAUGGGGCCGCCUUGAUCGGAUCGGGGAUCGGGGAUCGGUGGAUCGGUGUACGUACAUAUUUUUUCGAUUUACAGUACGUGUAUGCGUUGUGCGUUGAUG